AUGGGCCACUUGUGCGCCUACCUUACCAGCGCCGAAAAGAGCGAACCGGCGUACUAUCCCCGGUCGUCUUCUGCCAUUGCUCAAGAGGUUGUCAGCUUACUAGAGUCGAAGAUCCCGCCAUUUGUCUCUAACUGGUUCACCAGCUCGUUCCCAAGCCAGUGGUAUGCGUCAUGGGAAAAUACGCCGUGGGAGACCCGACCUGCGAUUGAUGCUGACGCAGCUGUGCCCACCAGCCAUGUGUUGUACGGCGCUCUCAUCUUGGUGGCAACCAUCAAGGCUCACACCGUCGAAUUCUACCAACGCUACUCCCUCCCGGCACGGUGUGCAAUUGCUACGCGGUACAAGAGGUUCUCGCCUCUGGUGUUAAGGUCAAGAUAA